AGUUUGCUCUCUUUACGUGUGGUGGCGCUGUGGCAUCUCCAUGGACAACCUUUGCGAAGUAGAAGAAGGAUAAGAAACCACAGAAGAAGAACAAAACUGCGCAUACGUCGUUUGCAAAACAUCGCUAUCAGCAACAUGCCCAAAAGGAAAGUCACGUUUGCGGAUGGUGACGGUGGGGAGCUGGACCUGGAAGACGAGGUCCCAAACAAAAAGUCGACGCUUGAGGUGGCGAGUGGCCCGGGCUCCAGGUUCAAGGGCAAGCAUUCCCUCGACAGCGACGAGGAGGAUGAAGCGGAAGACACCCAGAGCACCAAAUAUGACAUUUUGGCCAGCGACGAUGUGGACGGCCAAGAGAAUGCCACCAUUGAUUACGAUGAGGGCGUUUCCAUCACGCCCUUCAACCUGGACGAGGAGAUGCAGGAGGGACACUUUGACUCAGAGGGGAACUACUUUAUCAAAAAGGAGGAGCUGAUCCGAGACAACUGGCUCGACAAUAUCGACUGGGUGAGGAUCAAAGAGCAGCCGUUCAAACAAAAGAAGAAAGGACUCGGAGCCAAACGCAAGCGCAGAGCAGGUGAUGAAGAUGAGGCCGAUGAGGAGAAGAAGCGGGAGGAGCAGCGAGAAAAGAAGGAAGGCGGCGAAAACGAGGAGGAGGAGGAAGGGGAAGAAGAGGAGGUCGAGCCCGCCGAGGACCCCCUGGCCUCCUUCACGCGGCAGCAGCUCACAGAGGCGCUGGUGGAACUGUUGUUGCCGGGGGAGACGGUCACGGGGGCGCUGCGGCGGCUUGGGGGCCUGGGCGGGCGCAAGAGGGGCAAACUGCGGGACGGCGGCGAGCGUGCGCCGGAGAACAAGCGGGACACGGAGAAGCUGGACCGCCUCACGUCUCUUGCCGACAGGCUGGUGGCGUCGGGCAUGUACGGCAUCUACCAGCAAACCCAAGAGAAGCUGGCGUACGCACUCAAGAGCAUGAGCAGAGAGCAACCAGCGUCGGCGGCGCAAGAGGAAGAUGAGGACAAACUGGACAUGUUCGGGGAGGAGUUUGACGAGAAGCGGGGCGGACGUGACGAAGAGAAGAAGGACGACAAAACAGUGAGCGAGGAGGUUUUGUGGGAGUACAGGUGGGAGAACGAGGACAAGUCGGAGGUCUACGGGCCCUUCACCAGUCAGCAGAUGCAGGACUGGGUGGAUGAAGGCUACUUCAGCAGCGGCGUCUACUGCAGGCGCUUAGACCAGGAAGGCUCGCAAUUCUACAACUCCAAGAGACUGGACUUCGAACUCUACACGUGAUGGGCUUCUCUCGCGCAGCGCUACGUCGUCUCUUCUUACGUCUGCAUUCUUUUUAAAUAAAUUGCCUAUAUAUUGUAUUGCUGUUUGUUACUUGUACUCAAUAAACAAAAUACCUCGUUAA